GCUACAUAGGGGCGCCAAGCCCAGUCUAGAGGUGCGGGCUGUGUGUCCUGGCGGUUCUGCAGCUGCAGGCAUGGCCUCUCCAGGGGCCCCAGCACCCCCGCCCGAGAUACCAGAGCAGAACUGCUGGUACCGUGAGGUCCAGUACUGGGACCAGCGCUACCGGAAUGCGGCUGACUCUGCCCCUUACGAGUGGUUCGGGGACUUCUCCUCCUUCCGUGCACUCCUAGAGCCGGAGCUGCGGCCCGAAGACCGUAUCCUCGUGCUAGGCUGUGGGAACAGUGCCCUGAGCUAUGAGCUGUUUCUUGGAGGCUUCCCUGAUGUGACCAGUGUGGACUACUCAUCAGUGGUGGUGGCUGCUAUGCGGGCUCGCUAUGCCCAUGUGCCCAACCUGCGCUGGGAGACCAUGGAUGUGCGGGCCUUGGACUUCCCCAGUGGCUCCUUCGAUGUGGUGCUUGAGAAGGGCACACUGGAUGCCCUGUUAGCUGGAGAACGAGAUCCCUGGACUGUGUCUUCUGAAGGUGUCCACACUGUGGACCAGGUGCUGAGUGAGGUGGGAUUCCAGAAGAGGACAAGAGACCUCUUGGGCUCUCACACCCAACUGGAGCUGGUCUUAGCAGCUGUCUCUCUACUGCUGGGUGCACUGCUUCUGGGCUGCUUCGUGGCCCUGGGGGUCCAGUACCACAGAGACCCAUCCCACAGCACCUGCCUCACAGAGGCUUGCAUUCGAGUGGCUGGAAAAAUCCUGGAGUCUCUGGACCGUAGUGUGAGUCCCUGUGAGGACUUUUACCAGUUUUCCUGUGGAGGCUGGAUUCAGAGAAAUCCCCUGCCCGAUGGGCGUUCUCGCUGGAACACCUUCAACAGCCUCUGGGACCAGAACCAGGCCAUACUGAAACACCUGCUUGAAAACACCACCUUCAACUCAAGCAGCGAAGCGGAGCGGAAGACACAGCGCUUCUACCUAUCCUGUCUGCAGGUGGAGCGCAUUGAGGAGCUGGGAGCCCAGCCGCUGCGAGACCUCAUUGACAAGAUUGGUGGUUGGAACAUCACGGGGUCCUGGGAGCAGGAUAACUUCAUGGAAGUGCUGAAGGCAGUAGCAGGGACCUACAGAGCCACCCCCUUCUUCACUGUCUAUGUCAGUGCCGACUCCAAGAGUUCUAACAGCAAUGUUAUCCAGGUGGACCAGUCUGGGCUCUUUCUCCCCUCUCGAGAUUACUACCUAAACAGGACCGCCAAUGAGAAAGUGCUUACUGCCUACCUGGACUACAUGGAGGAGCUGGGGAUGCUGCUGGGUGGACGGCCAGCCUCUACACGGGAGCAGAUGCGACAGGUGCUGGAGCUGGAGAUUCAACUGGCCAACAUCACAGUACCCCAGGACCAGCGGCGGGAUGAGGAGAAGAUCUAUCAUAAGAUGAGCAUUGCGGAGCUGCAGGCCCUGGCACCCUCCAUGGACUGGCUGGAGUUUCUAUCUUUCUUGCUGUCACCGCUGGAGCUGAGUGACUCUGAGCCCGUGGUGGUGUAUGGGAAGGAUUAUUUGCAGCAGGUGUCAGAGCUCAUCAACCACACAGAGCCAAGUGUCCUGAACAAUUACCUGAUUUGGAACCUGGUGCAGAAGACAACCUCGAGCCUGGACCACCGCUUUGAGUCUGCACAAGAGAAGCUGCUGGAGACCCUCUAUGGCACCAAGAAGUCCUGCACGCCAAGGUGGCAGACCUGUAUCUCCAACACGGAUGACGCACUUGGCUUCGCUUUGGGCUCCCUCUUUGUGAAGGCCACAUUUGACCGGCAAAGCAAGGAAAUUGCUGAGGGGAUGAUCAGCGAGAUCCGGAGUGCCUUCGAGGAGGCCCUGGGGCAGCUGGUUUGGAUGGAUGAGAAAACCCGCCGGGCAGCCAAGGAGAAAGCAGAUGCCAUCUAUGAUAUGAUUGGUUUCCCGGACUUCAUCCUGGAGCCCAAAGAGCUGGAUGAUGUUUAUGACGGGUAUGAAGUCUCUGAAGAUUCCUUUUUCCAGAACAUGUUGAAUUUGUACAAUUUCUCUGCUAAGGUGAUGGCUGACCAGCUCCGCAAGCCUCCCAGCCGGGACCAGUGGAGCAUGACGCCCCAGACGGUGAAUGCCUACUACCUUCCAACCAAGAAUGAGAUCGUCUUCCCCGCUGGCAUCCUGCAGGCCCCCUUCUACACCCGGAACCACCCCAAGGCCCUGAACUUUGGUGGCAUCGGCGUGGUGAUGGGCCAUGAGUUGACACAUGCCUUUGAUGACCAAGGGCGCGAAUAUGACAAGGAAGGGAACCUGCGGCCCUGGUGGCAGAAUGAGUCACUGGCAGCCUUCCGGAAUCACACGGCUUGCAUGGAGGAGCAGUACAGCCAGUACCAGGUCAAUGGGGAGAGGCUCAACGGCCGCCAGACGCUGGGGGAGAACAUCGCUGACAACGGGGGACUUAAGGCUGCCUAUAACGCUUACAAAGCGUGGCUGAGAAAGCACGGGGAGGAGCAGCAGUUGCCGGCUGUGGGGCUCACCAAUCACCAGCUCUUCUUUGUGGGAUUUGCCCAGGUGUGGUGCUCAGUCCGCACACCCGAGAGCUCUCACGAGGGGCUGGUGACCGACCCCCACAGCCCUGCCCGCUUCCGCGUGCUGGGUACUCUCUCCAACUCCCGUGACUUCCUGUGGCACUUCGGCUGCCCUGUCGGCUCUCCCAUGAACCCAGGGCAGCUGUGUGAGGUGUGGUAGACGUGGGACUGGGGAGAAUUGGCUGGCUGUUGCCAGGGCCUGGGGCAGCUCGCCGGGCAAGGAUGUUCGCUCCAGGUUUAGAGAGGUCAAAUGCCAGCUCCUCACCACAGGUGACGUGAGUCCCGGUCCUCCCUCAAACACCACAUUGUGCCUCUGCUUUGGGGGUACCCCUGCCUCCAGCGGAGCCCCCACCAUUCACUGUGACAUCCUUCCAUGUCACCCUGCCUGGAAGAGGCCUGGGUGGGGGGCACCAGUUCCCGCAGGAAGGAGUCUGCCUCUUCUGGUCCUAAGAUCACUUGACUUGGUGGCCUUGGGACCUGCUGUGCCUGCUGUACUCUGACCACACAGGGUCUGGGGUGCUGUGCCUCCCAUGCUUCUCCCAGAGGCUCACUCAGUGUCCACUUGGGAGUGGAUUCAGCUCCUUUCAGCUCCCCCUCAGGGGCUGCCCCCCACCCCAUGUUCCUCAUGCUGCUGCUCCCAAUACUCCUGCCAACCCUCAUUGACAGACCAACUGUACUCAGCUCUUAGUGGAAGCCUGAGGGCCUUUACAAGCCCUCCUGCUGCAUCCUGGUUUCCCUGGGCUCAGGGGACGUAUGUGUGGUGUGUAUGUAUAGGGGAUGCUGGUUCCUGUGUCUUGGGGCACAAGUCUUAGGGGAUGACUAUCUUCCCUGGCCCAAGCAGAAAAGCAGAUAGAACAGGGAGAGAGAAA